AUGAUCGACCACGAGGGUAUCGCCAGAUUCGCCGUGGCGGCGUUCAUGGGGUCAAAAAGAUUCAAAGAUGCCGAGAUCGCAGUGUUCUCGCAGGUGAAGAACCCUGGGGAGUUGAUGGAGAUGCUGGGCAAGGCUACGGGGAGGACAUUCGGCGUGGAGUUCAUGAGUGCAGAGGAGAUCAAGGAGGGCGGCGGCACAGUAAAUCCGUUAAUAAUGGGUACAAAAUGGGGUUUCGAGAUGACCGGAUUCAAUAAAUUCCUAGAGAGGGAGUAG